AUUAUGCAGGCACAUACCGCGGCUGCAACGUGGAAUAUCAUUCGGCAUUAAUCAGGAAUGUCCGAAGAAACUAUUCAAAACAUGGAAAGGCUUGUAGACGACCCUUCCAAUGGCAUGAUGCUUAGGCGCGACAUCCACGAUACUGUGUCGGUAGCUCUGGGAUGCGUCUUCAUCAUACCGCCACAAAUUGCAGAGACUACAGACACCCUUGAGCCUACAGAAGCGAAAUGGAAAUCUCUUGAUUUAGUCGGUGUAAGCAUUUUAACCGUUGCCUUGACCUUAUUCAUCUUCGCUGUGACAUCCGGCUCCACAGAUGGUUGGGCAUCCGCAAUAGUGUUGGUCCCACUCAUUAUCUCGCUUUCAAUGGGGGUUGGGUUUUUUUACUGGGAAACACUUAUGCCAGUGGAAAAAGCUGCAAUACCACUCCGGACAUGGUUUUACCACAAUUUCUCCGUUCUUUUCGCCGUCGCACUCUUGCCAUUCUUUUGGUGGAGCACGGUGUUCACGAUUUUUACUACCCUAUGGCAAAAUGUGUUUCACUGGUCGGUGAUAUCAUCGGCUGUACACAUGUUCCCGAUCGGUAUCAUAGCCCUCACUAUGAGUUUCACCGGACCACUUUCUCGCAUUUUCAGUCCGAAAUGGAUCAUUCUCACUGGUCUGUCCUUGUGCAUGGUUGCGACGGUAUUGCUGGCACUCGGUGGAGGGAACCCCCAGGAUUAUUGGCCAUAUAUCUUCCCAGCUUUUACUCUAGGAAGCGGAGGGGCUAUGCUGGCCUAUACACAUACGAACAUUGCUAUUUUUCAAGCUGCACCUUCAUCCAUGGCCGGCACAGUUGGUGCCAUCUUUAAUGGCGCGCUUCAAUUUGGAUCAGCUAUUGGCCUCGCUGCUGUCAGCUCAAUAGAGACAUCCGUGGAAGCCACCUGUGGAGGUUCACUUGAGUACAGCGGUCGAUCCGCGGCCUUUUGGUUCCUCGUUGGACUUGUCGCUCUUGAAAUCAUUUCAGUAUCAAUCUUCUACGACCGCAGUACGGAUCACAUGGCCCAACCAAAACGCAGCGACCCCGUACAUGCUGCUCAACACAGCACACACUUUGACGAAAAGCUGAACGAUGUAGAGGUGAAAAAUAUGGUAUAGCGAGCGACAAAGCUGACCUGGCGGAUUUACUUGUGUAGUUUCUAUUUCUUUUGACGACUGUUCCUUUUGACGACCGUUUUUGUUGACGACUUGCAAGGUAGAUGCGUUUUUCAUUCGACUUUUGGGGUACGAUUAGAGCAUAGCAGACUUCAUACAGUUUUUUCCCAUACACUACACAUCUGGCCAUGGGUAGACCGGCAGACUG